UUACCAUAGAAACAAGAAACCAGGAAGCUAAUGUGACCACAAUCUCACCGAGUUUCCUGCUUCUCUUCGGUGAAAGAGUAUACAUGCAUAAGAGAGAGAGGAUUAUUCUGCAUGGUGGGUGUGUAAUGUCUGCCCAGGACAACAACAAUUAACCCGGGGGACCACACGUGGGCCACCAUGUUGGGCCAGAGCGUUCGUCUGCAGCCGGUUCCGAUCCAGAGUCUGUCGGAGCUGGAGAGAGCCCGGCUGCAGGAAGUGGCUCUGUAUCACCUGGAGGAGAGGGACCUGGAAUUCAAGAUCAGCAUCCCCAAAGAAAUACACAAACGGAGGAAAUCUCUACGCAGGAAGUUCGACUCCUUUUCGAAGGAGAAGAAAGAGCGAGAGUCGGCCCCCAAGGCGUUUGGGAUCCCUCUCUCCCAGGUCAUCGCUAACGACCGGGCCUAUAAGCUGCGUCAGGACGCCCUGAAGGAGAGCCGGAGGGACUGUCUGGACCUCGAGGCCUCGGUGCUGCGCUUCAGAGCCGAGAAGAGGCAGUUCUUCAACGGGAACAAGCCGCCGGUCUGCCCCUCGUCCCUCACAGCGGGGGGUCUCUGCUCUCCGUACGCUAACUCUGUGGCACCGCUUUCUGAGACCCAGAAGAGCCAGCUGUCGCCCACGUUUCUGGAUAACACCGGGCGAGGACAGAGGAGGGGCGGGCUGUCGGUGGACUCGAUCUCCGACCUGGUGGAGAGUCAGUCUCGCCUGCUGGAGGCGCUGCAGCUGUCCCACCCCGCAGAGCUGGAGCUGAAGAAGGAGUGUUCCUCAAAAGGGAGAACCAGAACCAGAACCCAGAACAAGCUCAGCCUGAACCCCGUCUACAGGCAGGUUCCCCGGGUGCUGGAGCGCUGCUGCAGACACAUCCAGAACCACGGUCUUCAGACGGUGGGAAUUUUCCGAGUAGGAAGCUCUAAGAAGAGAGUGAGACAGCUGCUGGAGGACUUCGACCGGGGGGUGGAUGUUCAGCUGGACGAGGAGCACAGCGUCCACGAUGUGGCGGCGCUGCUCAAAGAAUUCCUCCGAGACAUUCCCGAUCCUCUGCUGUCCAGAGAGCUGUACCCCGCCUUCCUGCACGCCGCCUUGCUCCGGGGCUCAGACCAGCUCCUCUUCCUGCAGCUCCUCCUCUACCUGCUGCCUCCCUGUAACUGCGACACUCUGCUGCGCCUCCUCAGCCUCCUGCACACCGUGCAGAGCUACGCCCAGGACAGCAUCGGGACCAACGAGGAGGAGAUCCUCGGGAACAAGAUGACGGCGGCGAACCUGGCGGUGAUCUUCGGUCCCAACCUGCUUCAGAAGGAGAGAGGAGGAGAGUCCAGUCCGCUGUCCAUGGGCAUCGAGGACAGCUCCGCCAUCAUCAGCGUCACCCUGCUGCUGAUCCAGAACCACCGCAGGCUCUUCAUGGUUUCUGCAGAGCUGCAGCAGGAAGUCCUGAUGAGUCUAAUCCAGACGGACCCCGACAUCAUCGACUAUCUGCUGCGGCGGAAACUCAGCGGCAGUCCCCUGGAGGAGGAGAGUGAGUCGGGGGGGCGUCGGGACACGGUGGCAUCUCUGGACUCCAGUGGGAGUCUCUCCUCCCUCGAGCCGCCCUCCCCCCUCUUCCCCCCCGACGGGAACGGGGGAGAGGGGAGUCUCACCAGCGAGGUGUUCAUCAACGUGCUGAAGCUGAACCAGAACAGGAAGCGACAGGAACCCAGAUACGGUGAAGCUCCGUCUCAUAAAUCCAUCUGCCACAUGCGUCAGUUCCACUCCCACCACAACCUGCUCAGCCUGGCCCAGUCCUCUCUCUCCUCCACCACCUCCACCUCCAUCUCCACCCCCUCCUCCCUGUCCUCCCCCCAGGACCUGGACCCCCUGCUGGGCUCGGCUCUGAGCUUCAGCUGCUCCAGCCUCAGUGGAUCCUCAGAGAGCAGCAUCUGGGUGAGACAGACCCCCCAGGAAGACGAGGGAAAACCGUCACCAGCGUCCAACUUCUGGGACUUUUUCACCGGGAAAGGGUCCGGCUCAGAGACCAUGGUAUGAUGAUGAGGAAGGAAGAAGAGGAAGAAUAUGAAUUUUUCUGAUGGUGUCCAAACUGUUUCAAAUUAAACACGUACUGACUGGAUUUUAAGAUGGAAUCAUCUCGUCUGUUUUUUUGUGUUUCUUUGAGAGUUUGAUGUUUCAACAAGGCAGGGUUUCAAAUGUUCUGCAUACUAUACUUUGUUGUUUU